GACUUCCGGAUCGCGGCUGCGCGGCUGCUCACGCGGGGACGCUUGGCCUGCUAGCGAACCAGUAAUGGUCAGCAAGACCCAGAAAGCAGACCUGGGCCCACAACUCCCAGAGAAGAAGAAAAAGAAGAAGAAGAAAAAGAGAGUGGUUGCAAAUGUCUCAGAACCAGAGACUCAAUACUCAGUCUUAAACAGUAAUGAUUAUUUUAUAGACGCUUCUCCUCCGAGGGCCACGUCCCCUUCUAACAAUGUGGAUGAGGUGCAGAUCCCCGAGAUAUCACUGAGCAAGAGAAAGAAGAAAAAAAAGUCCUGUAGCACUCACUUGGAGGAGUGCCUGGGGGCUGAGCCUACACGGGCAAGGCAGAAAAAGUCACCUAGCCCUAGAAGGCAGGCCCUUGAGCAGUCAGCAGAAGGCCUCAUCAGAGAGAAGAAAAAGAAGAGGCGGAAGUCCUUAUCAAAGGCUGCCUCCCAAGGCUCAGGGCUGAAGACCUCCCCAGACCCCAAGCAUGCCAAGGAGGUAAGCAAAGCUGGUAGGAAGUCCAAAAAACAAAGGAAGGAAAAAAAGGUUCCUGACACGGAAGCCCUUCCUCCCCAGGACGCUUGGCUCUACGAGGCUGGGGAUUCCCUGCACUCAUGCUUAGAGGGGGCAGAGGCAGAGGAACAGGCAGCCUUGGGGCAGAAAAGGAAGCAGGGGAGCCCCAGAGAUCACAACAUGAAGAAAAAGAAGAAGAAGACCCACCAGGAGGGAGACAUCCUCCUGGUCAACUCCAGGGUCUCUGUGGAGAACAGCCUGAAGAAAGGGAGUAAGAAGUCAGUCAAAAGUGAAGCUUUGGAGUUCGUUCCAAUAGACAGCCCGAAGGCCCCUGGGAAGAAGAAAGUCAAAUCCAAGAAAAAGGUGGAACAGCCAGUUGGUGAAGGGCUGGCUGUGAAAAGGAAGAAGAAGAAGAAGAAGAAGAGGAAAGAGAACGGAGUAAAGGAAGACCCCUGGCAGGAGGAAAAGGAGGAGUCAGACACAGACUUAGAGGUGGUACUGGAGAAAAAAGGCAACAUGGAUGAGACCUGCAUAGACCAGGUGAGACGGAAGGCCUUGCAAGAAGAGAUUGAUCGUGAGUCGGGCAAGACAGAGGCUUCAGAACCCAAAAAGUGGACAGUGGGUUUGUCGGUCAAGACAGAGGCUUCAGAACCCAAAAAGUGGACGGGAACCCAGUUUGGCCAGUGGGAUACUGCCGGCUUUGAAAAUGAAGAACAGAAGCUAAAAUUCCUGAAGCUUAUGGGUGGCUUUAAGCAUCUGUCCCCGUCAUUCAGCCGCCCUCCCAGCAUGACUAUCAGGUCCAACAUGGCCCUGGACAAAAAGUCUUCAGAAAUGCUCCAGCAGAGUCUGCAGCAGGACUAUGACCGGGCCAUGAGCUGGAAGUACAGCCACGGGGCUGGCCUGGGCUUUAACUCUGAGGCCCGAAAGGUCUUCUACAUUGACCGGAAUGCCUCCAAGUCUAUCAAGUUGCAAGAUUAAAUAUUAUUGUCUUGUUCUUCAAACUGCAUUUCUUGAUCAGUUGCAUCCGUCAAGUUGGCUUGAAAUAGUCACCUGCAGUUAUUGAGGACCAAUAGGAAUUGCUAAAGCCUCCUAUUUUCUAUGUUAAACAUUCCACCUCCGGGUGACAGUAUUUUAAUAGUAGCUAGCAGUUGUUGGCACGUGGAGGGUCCUGACUAUUUUCCUUGCAUUGUUACACUAAUUAUGGAAUGGGUGCUGUUCUCAUCUCUAUCAAGUUCAGGGAUAAAUAAAGUAAUUAAACGGCCUAGGGUCACCUUCCGUUAAGUGCCAUCAAGAGUACAUCACCCAGAGUCACUCAAUUAUCAGUGCAGAAAGCAAGUGAUAUGCCAUGACUUGCAAGUUUGUUUUCCUUCUCCCUUAUCAGGAGGCAGGUGUGGUGCAGCAGGCAGACGUGGCCAGUACCUCUGAGCUGGCUUCUUUCCAGCCGUCCUCCUUCCAUCUGACUGCUGUGCUUGGAUUUGAUGCUGCUGUAUUGGCUGGAUCUCAAGGCAUUUUGGACAGUAGGUAAUCCUGCGUAUGGACCCAUGACAGAUUCUCAGCAGCAUGUUUUGUGUUUGUGUUCACUAGACAGAAGACCUUGGACACUUGUGUGAUGAAAUCAAACAUAUAAGGGGUGGAGAAAAAGAUACUUUGCUGCAGGCACCAUACCCUCCCACCCCUCCCUCCCAAAUCACAGCAAUCUUCAUGGAGCUCCUGAUACAGAGACCCAUGUGACAUGAUUUUCUCUCCCACCAGCUAUUGGCAGUCUGGUAUCAAGGUUCAGAGAAGGUUACUUUCCUGUUUUGGCCUGAUUUCUCACAGGCAGAAACACUGGGUGGGGAUGGAGGUGUUUGAUGCUGCACUCAGCCAGGACAUUCAUUCAUCCUUCCAGCACCGUCAUCAGUGUUGAUGCCUUCAUGCUGCUAAGAAGAUGAGAGACAAUUCCCAGCAUUCCAGAGAUGGGAGAAAACCCUCUCUACAACUAAAGAAACUUCCGGCAGUCCCUCAGGGAACCUGUGAUGGCGUCAUUCAGCUUUGUAGUUUUUCCUGUAUCAGCCCCCUUGGUAAGGAGAUGCCCCUCAGGCCAGCCAGGGAGAGGGUGAGGUGUGCAGUACUGCCAAAUGGGCAGCAGAGGUGUUGCUGUGCCCCCUACCUUGUUCCUGUCCUGUGGGCAUAGGCCAUAUGUAUGGCAAAGACCUGUUUACACCACUUUCCUGGAAUGAACUUGGCUUCUCAUCAAUUCAGCCUCAAGAUUCAGAAAAGACCACUUCCAGUCACGUCAAUGGCAGAAUUCUGCAUUUGAGUCAACUUCCAGACAAAUCUCCCUCGGCCUUGGUGAACUCUGGGAACCAUCUGCAUAACUCCAAUAGCUUGUGUUCCCCACAAGUCACAUUCCAGCCUAAGUGUCUCAGCUCAUCAAAAACUUGCACAUGGCAAUCUUACGGGUGGUAGAUGGUUUUCUAUCUUAUGUCACAUAUGCCUUGGAAGCUGUCAUCAAAGUGUGAGAGCCAGAUCUUUUUCUUAGCUGUUACACAUACCUCAGUGCUGAAAGACUUGAUUUUGUAGCUUGGUACCUCAGCGUUGACUUAGGUGCUCCACUAGCCCACCUUUCUCUAAGAAUUGAAGUCUGUAGUCUAUCUCCAAGGCACUGGAGGUAGGGUCAGUGAUCUAACACAACCUUGAACUUGACUGAUUCUCUCAGGCAUUUCUUACCAGCUUGGUGGCACUUAAGCAAUAUCCUUGUCCAACAGUCACCAAAAUCUCAUGAUUCUUAACACUUGUGCUUGAGCUGAUUUCUGUGCUAUAUCUGCUUGGGCCCAUGAGGCCCUGCCCUGAGGCUACAUGUACAACCAGACUAACCUGUGAAAAGGCUCUCUCAGACACAGGUGUCCCUGCUCUUAGUACUACUUGGGUUAUGGUAGGCAGGACACACACAUACCCAGCAGAAGGGAAAUUAAAGUCACUAAUCACAUGCUGCUAUUAUUAUUGUUGUUGUUGUUUUUUUGAGACAGGGUUUCUUUGUGUAGCCCUGAAGACCAUACCAUGCUAGCCUUAAAAGUCACAGCGAUUCACCUGUCUGCCUCCUGGAGUGCUAGGAUUAAAGGUAUACAUCACUGCUGCCUGGCUUCCAGCCACCACUGGCUAUCAGAUAGAUUUGAAAUCAGAUCCUUGAUAACCUGAGCAGGUUCUUUUCUUCACAGUUCCCUAACUGAUACGUAGCAGAAGAUUUAGUGUGGAAGACACUUGGGAAGGAAAAGGCCACAAGCCAAGAUCACAGGCAACGUACAGAAGCCAUGCAGCAUCUCUUUCCACCAGAGUACCCACAAAAGAACUUAGACAUGGGGAUACCUUGACCUAGCCCAGAGAAACCAGUGAGUUCUGACCAACAGCAGUCAAGACAGUAAAACCACAGGAAGUCACUGUGCUUGUAAUUUCUUAAAGGAAUAAGAACCAGGAAUCACUCACAGAUGGACAUGAGGCAUCCUGUUUUUCAUUUCCUAAAAGUCUCUUUACAUGUCCUUCUCAGGGGAAGUAGAUGCUGUUUGUGGAGGCGGGCUUCAAAGACUGGACUGUCAGUAACACUUCUGCCCAGGUCAGCAGACUGUUGCAGGAGCCCCGUGGUAUGUGUACCCAGUGUGAGGAUAAGCCGAGGUUAACACAAGCAGUGGGAAUUCCCCAGGCCAGUGUAAGCUGCUUAUGCUGUUAUCCUGGGCAGCCUUGAGGCAGGAGAGUAACGUACAAAGGAUUAUUUAUGAAUUUGCCAGUUAUUUUUGAAAGAAUUAGCAUCACAGUGAAAGUGACAUAAAAUAAUUUUAGUAGAAACAGUUUGGUGAAAUAAAGGCCAUUUGGGAGUAUUUGAACAGCACCAUAGUGCAUUCUGGGUUCUGGCAUGUUCACAGCAGGAGGAAAGGCAUUUUUUAGCAUCUGGUUUUUGUUUUUGAGACUGGGGCUCAUAUAUCCCAGACCAGCUUCAAACAUGUAACUGGGGACCUUGAUCAGAUCUUGAUCCUCCUGUCUCUACCUCCUAACUACUGCCGUUCUAGGUCUGCACCUUGGCACUCUGUCUUAUGUGGGGUCUUGUGUCUGCCAGGCAAGCAUUCCACUGACUGAGCCAUAUCCUUCGCCUCAUCUGCUCAUUUUUGGUUUGGUUUUUGUUUUAAGAAAUUGUAUCAAUUCCUUGGGCUGGAGGGUAUUCUCAUCAGAUUGGCCCCAAAUGUAUAUACAACAGUAACCCUGCUCUUUGUUGUUGUUGUUUUGUUUUGUUUGUUUUUUCGAGACAGGGUUUCUCUGUGUAGCCCUGACUGUCCUGGAACUCACUCUGUAGACCAACCUGACCUUGAACUCAGAAAUCCACCUGCCUCUGCCUCUGCCUCCCAAGUGCUGGGAUUAAAGGCGUGCACCGCCACCACCUGGCUGUAACUCUGCUCUUAAACUAGUAAAGACACAAGCUGUGUGUGUAUGUGUGUGUGAGACUUAAUAACUUCUACUUUCUGAGGUUAGUCAUGUAUAGUAUUUCAGAUAAAUAAAAUCCAUGCCUAAAGCACAAA